CACGUGCCGGCGCCGCUGCGCGAGGAUGGCGGUUGGAGGCGGCCCGCGCUCGCCUCGCGGCGGCCCCGCGCUCCUCCUGGCGCUCAGUCUGAUCAGCAGCCACGCGGCGGCCGGAGGGACUUCGUUAUAUGAUUUAUUGCUUCCUUACCAUCCUUCAGAACAUGGUUCUCAUCAUAAUCACAGAUAUGUCAGAGAUUGCCAACCUGUAACGUAUGGAAAUGUGACGCAUGAAACUUGGCCUGCUGAUAAAUCCACGGACCUUCCUAUAGUUUCAACUACUGUGUUUGUUUCCAAGUUUCCUACUGAUGAAGGAAAACCUAAAGCAGUUUAUGGUCAUUUUACUGUUGUUAGUAAUCCAUUGAGAACUGUCUCUGUAUUAGAGCCCCUAAAACCAGGAGGAUGCAGUCGGUUUUAUACAGCAACUGUACAAGAAACAGACAAUCUCAAGAAGUGUCUGGUGGCUCAAAAUGGUGGAUUCUUUCAAAUGAACACAGGACGAUGCUUGGGUAAUAUUGUAAGCAAUGGAAAUCUGGUGCAAAAUGGAAAAGGAAUACAAAAUGCACAGUUUGGGAUCAAAAAGGAUGGCACAUUGGUGUUUGGGUAUCUGUCAGAAGAGGAUGUCUUGGACACAGGAAAUCCAUUUGUUCAGCUAGUGAGUGGAGUAGUGUGGCUUCUCCGAAAUGGCACUAUUUAUAUUAAUGAGAGCAAAAUGGCAGAAUGUGCAGAGACCCAGGAAACCGGAUCUUUUGACAAAUUUGUCAAUGUGGUUUCUGCACGAACAGCUGUGGGGCAUGAUAAAUAUGGGAGACUCGUUUUAUUCCAUAUUGAUGGGCAAACUGACGACCGAGGGCUGAAUCUAUGGGAGAUGGCAGAAUUUUUAAAGCACCGUGGAGUUGUUAAUGCCAUAAAUUUGGAUGGAGGGGGUUCAGCUACUCUGGUGCUUAAUGGAACUCUUGCAAACUACCCAUCAGAUCACUGUUCUUUUGAUUCCAUGUGGCGCUGUCCACGGCAAGUUUCCACAGUUAUGUGUGUUCAUGAACCUGAAUGUGUACCUGCAGACUGUAGUGGCCAUGGGAAUUGUUUACUUGGAGAUUGUUUCUGCACAGAUUUCUGGUCUGGUCCAGCAUGUGAUACCCUUGACUGUGGACCUUCGAAUUGUACUGAGAAUGGAAUCUGCACUGAGAAUGGAUGUGUUUGUUUUCCUGGGUGGAUGGGAGUUAACUGUAGUUAUGAAUGUCCUGUGGGAUGGUAUGGCCAGCAGUGUCAGCAGGCAUGUCAAUGUGCAGACAUGUGCCCCUGCCAUCCAGUGACUGGCAGCUGUAACAUCACCCUUGAGUCCAUCCUUAAUGGCAGCUGGUACAGAGUCCAUAAUUGCAUAGCUUCACAGAUGGAUAAAACGGGGAAGGAGCAACAAAACUUGGAAGAGGAUUCUAAUUUCUUGAAAACGAAAAUAUGGCCAAUCAUAUCAGUUACCCUUCUGCUGAUGUUCCUGAUGAGUGCAGCAGGGAAUAUCUUCCAGUUUUGCCAGAAUGGCACUUGCUCUGAAAUCCGCCGUGGCUAUUCCUACCAUCUACUGAAAGACGCUAAUGGGAUAUUAACUCAUGCAGAAAUGCCUGAAAUUAUCCCAUUAAAACAGACGAAUACACACAUUCAAGAAGACAACAGCCAAGAGACUAUGAAUUUUUAAUGUUAAUCAAUUUUGCUAAUGUGAUAUUAUCCUUCUGGAAAAAAAUGUGAUUUUUUUAAAUCUUGGAAGAAACUGGAUGGGUUCAUUAUAUACAGUAUCUCACUGAAAGGUCACCUUGACAUUUUGCUCAGGAAUCGCAGGACUGUGGGGGAAAAAAAGGCGUAUUUAAUAAUAAUGUGAUCAGGCAUAAGAAGUUGCUUUCAUGUAUACUGCAUACACAAUGGAGAAUUUCCAACCACAAAACAAUUUGGAGGCCUUUGUGAGCAAAUUCAAAUGCUGUCCAAUUUCAGACAUUCAGGUAUUGUUUUCAAUCUAUCUUCAUCCUGGAUCUCACUUGAUUAUUUUUCUCAAAGUGAGGCCAGUGAUAAAAGUGCCAACUUCCAAAACGUAUCCAAAUGGCUUGAUCAUUCUAGCAAUAAAUAACUGGAUUUCUGCGUCCAGGCACAGCAUGUUUUUUAUUCAAAAGCUAUUCACUUCAUUGGCUGAAGUUUUAAUGCUGCAGUUCUUACCUUUUGGUUCUGAGGCUGGAAGAGGAAUUUUACAUGACCGUUUAUUCUUUGUUCUAAACCACAUGAAAACAUUAUCCAGAAUAUUCCAUUAUCCGGAAUGUGUAUUCCAGCGCCAAGAUCUGUGAAAGGGUUGACGGUGGACUCACUGAGCCCUCCCUCUUGAAGGAGGGAUAAGGCAAGGCUGCCCAUUGUCACCAACCCUAUUCAAGAUGUUUACCAAUGAUGUGUUGGAUGGCAUUGAGGGAGAGGGAUGGACUUGGUUCUUGUAUUAAGUUAUGUUUCAAGUUUCAUUUUAUAGUUGAAUUUGUAUGAUAUCUCUUGGGUUGCAUCUUUAAGAAAGUGUAACAUAUUAUGCAGUUCUUAAAUGCUACCAAUUUGCACAAUGAGGAAUGGAAAGCAAAAGUAAACAGAUAUAUUUGUUAAUUUUAAGACAUUGUUUUCAGUCAGGAUUUGCAAACAGUUGGUUAUUUUUAUUUGGUGUAACUUUGCGUCUCUGCUUUCAAAUGGGUAAGAUAUGAUGGUGCAUAUAUUUGGGUCCACUUGUGAGGAAGUCCUAAACAAACCCAGAAGUGAUUAACCACCACUCUGCUUAACCCAACCAGAAAAUCAUGUGUUCCAACAACCACCCCUACUAAUUAAUUUGCUACUCUAGGAAAUUUUAUUUCUUAACUUACCCAUUCAUGCUCAUAGUUAUUAAAACAAAAAGCUUGUGUUUGAUAUAGUGCUUUUCACAGUGGGAGG